AUGCAAAUCUUUGUCAUGACCUUCACUGGUAAAACUCUCACCUUGGAGGUCGAAUCCAACGACUCGAUAUUAAAUGUGAAAAACAAAAUUCGACUCAAAGAAGAUCUCACUCCCGAUGAACAACAUUUGAUUUUUGCAGGAAAAACUCUUGAAGAUCACAAAACAUUGUACGAUUAUAAUGUUCAAAAGGAAUCAACGUUACAUUUAAUGUAUCGAUUGAGAGGUGAUGUUGCUGGAAACUCAAUUGUGGUGCCAAAGUGA